UUAUCACCCAUGCACCGUCAUGGCCCCAUGGCUACUGGGCCUUGUGAUGGCCCAAGCCGCCACGGGAUACCACUGCGCCGCGAACCGCAACGACACCCGCCGCGCCAAGCAUGCGAUCCGCGUCUGCGAACGACGACUGGCGCAACGAUGCCGAGGGCAAAACCGAUUGGUGGAAUUGCCUGGCUGUCCACCAGAGAGUGUGGACUUUCCACCAGCCGCCAAGUCACUCUUUGGAGGGACAGAAGCCAGCGAGUUGGGAUGCAUCUCCAGAUCCACGCAGUUGGGCCGCGCCCUGUGGUGCCUGGCACGGCACGGAGGCGUGCGGAAGGCCUUGGAACUCUUCACUGGCAUUGGAGCCGGCACCACCUUGCUCUUGGGCCACGCCUUGGGCCGACGUGACCGGCCGGGCACGUUCUUCUCAGUGGAUCGCGAUCAUGUCAACGCCUGGCACGCCACGGAGGUCCUCCAUGCCGCGGCCAAGGUCGAAGCGCUGGUUGUGCCGCUGAGCGAUGCCCAGGGGAUCCCAUCGGGGACCAAGGAAGGAUUCCAAGCACCUGGAAGUUACAUCCUGCAGGGUGAUGUCUUUAAACAUCCCAAAUUCAUUGAGGCCUUAUGCUUCAUGACCGAUGGCAUGGACCUGAUCAUGUUGGAUCCUGCGACGGAUCUACGGCACACCUGGCCGAAGCUGGAGAAAUGGUGUCGCCCAAAGUUUCUGGCGAUCCACAACAGCAAUCUUCCCGGCCACGCUGGAUGGAUCCCAGCUCAACUGAAACGCCGUGCUCCCACUGCGCAAGACGACCAUGCCUGGUACGAGUUGAUGAAUGGCUCCCAUCCUUCAAUUUGGGAGCCUGGCAUGCGGCACUGGUCUCUGAUGGCGCGUUGCGACUGAGACCAUGUGGAAUGGGAGAAGCAUCGAAAAAUGUAUAAAUGCAUU